AUGCUGGGUUUUCCUUUCCUUGAUAUCGCCCAAUCCAUUAUUUAUGAGAAUAACAGAACAGUCACAAAAGAAAUGCUGGACACUACUGCCGAAAUGGUUAUGAAGCUUGUAAAUAAGGAAAUAAAAUUCGAAGAAAUUAAAGCACCUAGUAUUCCAAUCAGAUGCUUUAUGGAUGCGUGCAAGAAGGUCUCAGAUGUCCUUAAUACCGAGAAUGAGCCAAUUCCUCCUCAGAUUGGAGAUGAAGUACCUCAUUACGGCGAGAGGAAGAAGACUCACCAAUGGACAAAAAACGAGGACAACCGCUUACUAAUGGGUGUCUACAAGUUUGGCCUCUCAAAUUGGGCAGCUGUCUCUGAAUACGUUGGGUCGGGAAGAACAAAGUGUCAGUGCAACCAAAGAUGGGUCAGAGCACUUGAUCCAAAAAUAUCUAAAGCUGAUUGGACUGAAGAGGAAGAAGAAAAAUUACUCCAAUCCAUAAAACAAUUUGGAAAUCACGCAUGGACAAAAAUCAGUUCUGCUCUGGGCAACAGGACAGACUUUCAAUGCAGAUAUCGAUAUAUUCAGAUGAAGCGCGCUGAAGAAGAGAAAGAAAAAGAACUGAAAAACGAAAAGCCGCUAUACCCGAUCCCACAGAUUAAUAGUAUUCCAAAUCAGCAAUCUCAGACGAUAUUCUUAGAUAAAUUUGAUAUCGACUUAGUACUAGAAAAGGAUAAUGAUCCUCUCCAUUUCGCUCAAGAGUCUUCGUGCAUUGAUCCAGAGACCUUGUAUGAUACUACUGUUUGGUAA